AGAAAGAAAGAGUGAGCGAGAAGAGCGCAUUACGCCAUCCUUCCCUCUUGGAAAAGUGGGAUUUCAUACAAGUCUCUCACAAGAUAUCAAGCAGAACCGCUGGACUUCACCGAGAGACACUGCGCGUUUGUACCUACUCCUGGAUCUCCACUCUGACAGAGAGCUGGAUCACUAUGGUUCUGAAGAGGGGGGCUCAUGGCAAUGAUUUGCGCAGAAUAAUCGAUCAGACAUUUCCAAAGCUUCAUUUUUACCUCUUCAGUCCCGUUCAUGGUAGAGUCGUUGGGCAAUUUUCCAUCACCGAAACUCAGAGGAAGAUCAGAGGAUGAAAGUUCUGACUAGUCUCCCUCUUUUAUUGGGUUUCUGGAUUCUGUUAUUCCUGGACUUCAUCCCGCAGGCGCUCUCCAUCGCCGGAGUGGCCGGUAACAGGGGCACCGGGGCGGCCAAAUCCAAUACACGGUUACCGGUGGCGCGCAACGGGAGCACGCUAGUUAAGUCCUCAGACAACGCAAAGAUCUCUCGCAUCCGGGCUGGUCCACCUCUGAUAAAGGCCGAGGGUAACCCGGGUCGCGCUGCGGUCUCUGUGAGUCUAGGGCGCAGGGAGGCCGCGCGCUCUUGGGUACCCAAGGAUGAGGCGAGGGUCGCAUCCUCUUCCAGCAUCCAACACCAAGCGGGACACAAUAAAGGAGUUUCUGCGCACAAAUCAGUCGCGCAGGCUGCGAUUAGGGCUGGACAGACCAAUGCUGGCGUGAAGAAAAGCAUCGCACCGGCACCUGCGCAUCUGAGAGCGAAAAACACCAGCGUGGAACCCAAACACCCUUUAGUGACGCCCCAUGACUACAUGCUGUCGCUGUACUGGUCCCUGACCAGCGGAGAGGUCAACACUAGCGUCCUGCACGAGGCUGGGAUGGCCAAUACUAUCACCAGCUUUGUAGAUAGAGGACAAGAUGACCGUGCAGCCCUCCUGAGGCGUCAGCGGUACCUGUUCAAUAUCAGCUCAAUGGAGAAGGAUGGUCUGUUGGGUGCAGAGCUGCGCAUCCUCCGAAAAAAGCACAUGGAUUUUCGUAAGGCCACGUUUACUGAGGGCAUAGCAACUUUAAAAAUGUACACCUGUGCCUCAGGUAAGCACAGACCUGUCCUGCUGCAUACUCAACCUAUCGACCCUCGUAGUGCCCUGUACUGGGAAGUGUUUGACAUCUGGAAACUGUUCAAGAACUUUAGAAACACUCCACAGCUUUGCUUUGAGCUGGAGGCAGUCGAUCAAGGCCGACUGCUUGAUUUGCGAUUACUCGGCCUGAGUCGGACAGGAAGGCAAUCCAAGGAAAAAGCCUUCUUUGUGGUGUUUGGGCGUACGAAAAAUCAAGGGCUCUUUUACAAUGAAAUCAAAGCCCGUUCUGGUCACGACAACAAGACCGUCUACGAGUACCUCUUUACCCAGCGGAGGAUGCGUCGGGCACCGCUGCCACGUGGGAAAAAACCAUCCAAGAAUCCCAUACCAAGGUGCAACCGCAAGCAGUUGCACGUCAACUUCAAGGAAAUGGGCUGGGACGACUGGAUCAUCGCCCCUCUGGAGUACGAGGCCUUCCACUGCGACGGCGUCUGUGACUUUCCCAUCCGCUCCCAUUUGGAGCCUACCAAUCACGCCAUCAUCCAGACUCUCAUGAACUCCAUGGAUCCCAGAUCCACCCCACCGACCUGCUGCGUCCCGACCAGACUCAGCCCCAUCAGUAUUCUGUACAUUGACUCGGCUAAUAACGUGGUGUACAAGCAGUACGAGGACAUGGUGGUGGAGAGCUGUGGGUGCAGGUAGCAAGAUAUUCUGAAGACUUUUAAAAAGCAACCGGAAUGGAAACCUUUUAAAUCUUUAUGACUUCAAGACUUUCUUUAUGAUGAGUUAUUCAGCCAAAAAUCAAGAGUAUGAUUUCCGUAUUGUUGUUCAAUUUGCUAUAACCUUUAGCCUAUACACUUGCAUUCAGAAUGGAACAGGUUUGUGCACCAUUCAGAAUUCAGAAUCUUUUAAAUUCCAGUUUAACUCUUGCAUUUGAGGUAGCAAACAGAACAGUGGUGGCUUAAUAAAGAAUUCUAAUAAUCUUUGCUAAUAUUCUUGAACCUUCAAACUGCUAACACUUUGCACUUUGCAGUUAUUUUUUUUUUUUUACAGCAAGUCUUUACUGUAUCACCAUAAAUGACUGAGUAUUUUCAGCUGUUAAGUGGGUGUUGGGGGUGGGUCGCAAUUAAAGUAUGCAAUUAAUUGGUAAAAAAUUCAUAAUAAAUUUAGUAUUCUUAUGCUUGGCUUCCCAGAUAGCAACAGAGUCUGGACCGAAUCUGGCUUAAAUUCUUAUGUACGAUUGAUUCUGACAAUUAAAACAAAAAUUAGGCUUGUGUAUUUAUGACAUCACUUACUAAUUUCUUUGUUCAGAAACUGAAGUAACUUCUAAUUUUAUCUGUGUGUUGUAUCUUUAGUAGCUACAGCAAAACUACAGCGCUUCUAGUAGGCUAUUUUACUGGAAACUCCAAUGGCAUGCAAUCAGCUGACAAACACCCUAUUUAUAUAUAAAACUAUAUG